GGGUUUGUGACGGAAAUGGAUAUAAGUGUUUUUCCACAUCCUUUCUCUUGCUCAAACAUCUCGAGUGUCGCCGUCUGUAUUCUAUCUCUAAGCUAGUUGUCACAUCCCGCCAUGGUUUUCAUAUACACGUAUCGCAAAAUCAGAGCCUACCGCGCCCGCAAAGCCGCUGAAGCUCAAGCUCAAAAUCAGAUAUCAACCACACCACGCCUAGAGUCAUCAAGCGCGCCGAACAACCCAAAGCCUCCAACCAACAACCCCAAGAAGACAAAACCAUGCGCGCAAUGCGUACAGGAAAAGAGCAAAGCCCGCAAAUACAGGUGGAAACUCCUUUUCUGCCUGCUCCCAGCAUUCUUUGUUUCCAGUCUGGACUUGACCAUAGUUGCGACCGCAUUACCACAAAUCGCUUCCCAUUUCAACAAGUUUAACCAGCUAAACUGGAUUGUUACUGCCUUUACUCUGACGUCGACCGCGUUCAUCCCCGUAUUCGGCCAGUUAGCAGAUACAUUUGGCCGUCACGUCACCUUACAAUUUGCCGUGAUUAUCCUCACCAUUGGAAGCGUCCUUUGCGCUGCUGCUCCGGACUGGGCCGUCCUCCUCCUCGGUCGUGCACUGCAAGGCAUUGGCACUGCCGGAAUCGGGAAUGUCAGUAUGAUCGUUCUGGCGGAUUCAGUGUCCCUGAGAGACCAGGCUGUCAACACAAGUAUUUUCCAGUUGUUGAACGGAAUUGGCUACAGCGUUGGUCCCAUCAUAGGCGGGUAUCUGACAAACUCGAACUGGCGGUACUGCUUCGUUCUAGGCGCUGGCAUUGCCGUGAUAAGCAUUGUCACCAUCUUUCUCCUCAGAAACGACCUCAAAGCAGGCAAAGUCUCGCUCUCGCACCCUCCACCAAACACCAGCCGCUUCCAAGCCCUAACAAGCGGUCUAUCGACACUCGACCUUGGUGGCAUCACACUCUUCAUCUUCGGAGUCGGUCUCAUUAUCUUGGGAACAGCCUGGGGUGGUUCAACGUAUCCCUGGUCUUCCGCCGCCGUUCUCGCACCAAUAAUCAUCGGUGCCAUUCUCUUCGCACUCUUUUUGUUCUAUGAAACGCACCUUUCUUCUCCGACCAGCUUCCUGUCCCGCCACUUACCACGAGGCACCGUGCCCAUGAUUCCAUCCUCGAUCCUCUCCUCCAAAGACGUCACUCUAGUCUGCUUCAUCGCCUCCGGCACCGGCGCCGCUCUCUACAGCGUCUUCUACUUCAUCGGCAUCUAUUUCAGCCUGGUUGAAGGAUACGCAGCUUCCCACGCCGGUACCCAGCUCUUGUACUACGUUCCAGGUAUCGGAGCUGGCGUAUACAUAGCAAUAUUCAUCUGCAACGUAUACCCUCGGCAGACAUUCCCGCCCCUCCUCAUGGGCACCAUCAUCGAAAACGCCGGAAUCGCCGUUCUUGCCUAUGCCGUGAAGGUGAAAGAUGCGACACUGGUCAAUGUCAUGAUGGCGAUCGCCGGCGCCGGCACAGGCAUGCGCUUCAUGCCUUCAAACCUACACUUGGCGGGGAUGUUUCGCGACAGGCUGGCGCCGGUAUACUCGCUGCUGCGGUUCGCAUUGCCGUUUGGGGGGACCCUCGCGCUCACGAUCAUGGGCUCGGUGUUCCAGAACCAGAUGAGCCAGUACUUCGGGUCCGACGCUGUCAAUUCCGGCAACACGAACAACAACGGCACAUCCUCGUCCGUGGGCUUCAGUCUGCACAACCAAGCGUCCCUCGACCUGAUCAAAAACUUGCCCCCGGCCGAACAGAGAGCCAUCCGCUCACAAGGCGCUACCGCGACUAUGUGGGCAUUCAUCUCCAUCCUGCCGAUCCUGGGGCUGAGUUUGCUGGCCAGCCUGUUCUUGGGGAACGUGUGGAUCUCGAAGAAGAAGAGUAAGGGAACCCCCGCCUCAGCGGACCACAGUCCCAGAGACGCGGAAAAGGCAGGAGGCGAAGGAGCUGAAGGGCCCGAGAACGUCCGCGAAGACGGCCUGUGUCGCCGGCACGCCGCUGCCGCCGCUGCCGCCGCGGAGGAUCCAUCCACGGCGGCGGCGGCCGUGGAGAACGAGGAACAGAGAAACGAGGUCGAAUUCGUCAGCGAAGUCUUCUUAAUCGCUGUGGUGAAGGGCGACGUGCGCAGGCUGAAGCGGAAAGGUGCUUCAGAGAACACCGGAUCAUCGAGUAUUAGCACCUCGCAGGUGCGCGGAGGAGGAAGCAAACAUGGAGGGCAAGGGACGCACUUGCAGACGAAACUGGACGAAGAUGCAUAACACAGCCAUUGGCAAGAUUAUCCAGAGCUGGCGCUGACGGGAGGACAUUGACACGAAUUUCUGGAGCGGACCUUCUGCGUACAUGAUAGCAUAGCGUACGGGCAUGGGUGUUCUUUCACGAGCGGCUUUCUUUAGAAUCUGUAUCAAUAGACGUUUGUCAAAUCUACAUUCGAUUCCAUCGGCUGUACAU